UAGUAUAUUGUUGCUGCCUUCUCAAGAAAGUCCAAGGUUUCUGUACUUGCAGCGGAACGACAAAGAGAAAGCAAGACAAGUCUUGAAGAAACUGAGAGGGGAAGAAGACGUAGAGGAGGAGAUGGAAGAACUUUGUCAGGAACACCUUGCCGAAAGCAGCCAGAACAACAUGACAGCGUGGAAACUUCUUCGCUUCCGCAGCCUCCGGUGGCAUCUCAUCACCGUCAUGGUCAUGGUCUCUGGAAGUCAAUUGGUGGAAACAAACGCGGUUUUAAUUUUUGCGGAGCAGAGCUAUAAAACUUUAGGACUGUCCACCAAAGCUGUGAAUCUCAUCCCAUUAGUAGGAAACUUGAUCAUCCAGCUGAUGCUUCUGACAACCAUCUGCACCGUCGACUCCUUGGGGCGGAGAUUUCUCCUUUUGAGUGGCUUCUUGAUGUGUAGCCUUUCAAAUAUUGCCCUAGUCUUCACUUUUAAGAUUGACACUCCUGCAGCAGCCUUCAUCAGCAUUAUUUUGAUUGCCCUUUUCUUUAUGGGCCACAUAACAGGACCAGCUUCCAUUCUUUUCCUAGUUAUCGGUGAAUUGUUCCUCCAGUCGUCCCGAGCAUCUGCAUAUGUGCUUGCAGGAUACAUCAGUUGGGGAGCCAAUUUUGCCUCGGCGAUACUAUUUCUUCUGACUAAAUCCUACCUUGGGCCUUACUUCUUGCUCAUUUACUGGCCUUUGAUAGUCCUCACCUAUAUUUACAUUUUCCGAGUAGUCCCGGAAACCUGUGGCAAGACGUUUCAAGAAAUCCAGGAGAACGUGGCAGCCUGCACCUCCAAAAACUCUAGGAAAAUAAUGGCUGAAUAG